CUCACUGCUAGUCCUGCUGCUUUUCUCUUUGUGCAACAGGGUACAAUCACAGUUUACAUAGCUCCGCUGAAGCCAGACAGCACCAGCAUCAUGCCCAUGACACUGGGUUACUGGGAUAUCCGUGGGUUGUGUCACGCCAUCCGCCUGCUCCUGGAAUACACAGAGACAAGCUAUGAGGAGAAGAGAUACACCAUGGGGGACGCUCCUGACUAUGACCAAAGCCAGUGGCUGAGUGAGAAGUUCAAGCUGGGCCUGGACUUUCCCAAUCUGCCCUACUUAAUUGAUGGGUCACACAAGAUCACCCAGAGCAACGCCAUCCUGCGCUACAUCGCCCGCAAGCACAACCUGUGUGGGGAGACAGAAGAGGAGAAGAUUCGUAUUGACAUUUUGGAGAACCAGGUCAUGGACACCCGUAUGCAGCUUGUGAUGGUCUGCUACAACCCUGAGUUUGAGAAACAGAAGUCUGAGUACUUAAAGGGUCUCCCUGAGAAGAUGAAGCUCUACUCGGAGUUCCUGGGAAAGCGGCCAUGGUUUGCAGGGGACAAGAUCACCUAUGUGGAUUUCCUCGCUUAUGAUGUCCUUGACCAGCAACAACUGUUUGAGCCCAAGUGCCUGGAUGCCUUCCCAAACCUGAAGGACUUCAAGGCCCGCUUUGAGGCCCUGAAGAAGAUCUCUGCCUACAUGAAGUCUAGCCGCUUCCUUCCAAGGCCGAUGUAUCUGAAGAAAGCCAAGUGGGGUAACAAGUAGAACCCCUUAAUAGCAGGGCCAGGAGGAGAUCUAUGGCUGUUUGCUGGCCCUUUGCCUGGGGCACAUCUGGGUCUCAUUCCUUCCCUUCUUUCGUUCUCUUCCCCUCUGAAAGGCCUUAGCAACCCCCCUUUUCCACUCAGCUUCUCCCAAGUCAGCUUCUGUAACUCCAUCUCCCCAUUUCUUCAGAGUCCCUUCCUUCCCUUCCUUUUCUUUGUCCUUGAUCCAACUGGCCUUCAGCUUUGCUGAGCUUAAUGAAGGGAUGCACUUGGCUCUGUGACUUCCCAGCUCUUCCAGAGAAACCAGUCCUGCCUAUGUGCAGGUUCCCACCCUCAGUGUGAGGCUGCCAGCAUUGUCAGAAAGACCAGGCUACUAAUUUGUAGACCCUAGUCCUCUAGUAUGGGACUUUUCUUGCCCUGGCUGAUCCCCAAUAAAGUCUGAACCACA